AUGCAAUGUGCAAAGCUACAUCUCCAGGAGAGAUCUAAAUAUAGGACGAAAAUAACUAGUGAAAAGACUGGAAGGUUUUGCCAAAAGCGUAUGGUUAAUCCAGAACACAGUGAUGAUUCACGGUGGACGGACAUUUUCGAAAGGUUUUAUUGCAACAGUAGCGGGAAUUAUAACUUCAAUGAGAAUAUUGAUAGUGGAGUACCUCACCAAGCUAGAGAGGAUUUGUGCCUCUCAGUGCAAAAUAUACAGUUUCAAGGUAGCGUCGAACAACAGCGUCGACCGCGAACCAGCUUCAAAUACAAAACUUUACCCCACAACCAGAAACAUCGCAUGUUUGUUAAGCAAAUGGUCAAUGAUUUUGAUCUACAAGAAGCGAGCCGUUCCUCCGAACUCAGUGAUUAUUUUGAUGACUACUCGAAAUACUUUCUAAAUAAUGAACACUCUCGACCAUCUUCCGGGAAAUCUAGUAUCGUACUUUAUUGUCUAAAUAAUAAAACUAAGGAGAACAAAGCCACACAAGUAGACCUAAAAAGCACAGGACCUAGGAGAAAACAUAAACUUGAUAUUAAAAAUAAAAAGGCGAACAAAAUUAGCGAUAAAUCCGACGUUGAUGAAAUUCAAAAUUCAAAAAACGAUAUUAAUGAAGGAACAAAAAUUACAUUUCAUAAAAAUGGAAAACGAAAAAGUCUCACAAUAUCAAGAACAGAGAGCCCCGCUACGGUUCAGGUCAUUAGAGUAGACGUUGUCUGUAAUUACAGCACCAGCUCAACUAUGUCCGAUUAUGAAGAAAAUAAAGCUCCCUCACAAGCAGACUAUGAUCAAGAAGAUCGGGAAAUUAAAACCUUAGACUUAAAGAAAUCUCGCUUUGUUCAAAAAUAUAUGUUAACUAAUACAGUUAAAACCUUAGACCAAAGUGUGUCGGGUGGUAAAGUAACAUUGAUGUGCAAAACUUUCAAAUUAACCAAUCGAUCAAAAAUUUUAACAGAUAGAAAACAAAAGGCUUAA